CGCUCUCAUCAAAAACUUCAAAGUUGAAUAUCGAACUUGUUGCACCUACUUUCAAACGAUAAGAAUUUACCUGUUUUCUGUGAGAAAGUGAACUUGUUAUCUAAUUAGCAUGUUAAAAAGCAUUUAAAGUCCAAACCUCAUUUUGAAUUAUCUGAUCUACCAAUACGAUAAUGAGGGCAGUAUAUACUAACGUGUUGUUUUUAAGGAAUUCGUUACGAUGCACCUGCAGUUCGUAAUGCAGUAUCGUCGCUCGAAACAUAGUACCUACUUAUUACUUAGUGUACCAUUGUAAUUAUGACAUGGUUGAACGGUGAAUUAAGAAAAUCCAGUUAGCGUAGCUACGUGGAACUGUUUUAUUGACAAAAAGUGAUAGACAAGUCACCUGAACCCAAAAUGAGUCAUAACUGGUCAGUGGUUUGCCCGUAUGCCGCUAUUGUUUUGUUUUUGUGGAAUACAGAUACGAUGAGUAAACAGUGAAGAAUGCUAACCGUUAAAGAGAGCCUGACAUAUAUUUGAAAAGUUGGAAUAGUGUGGUGAAGUAUUGUUUAAAAAGUACAGUACAAGACUAAAACAAGUAAAUAUAAUGAGAAGAAUUUGUCCAGCAUAAGAAAUGGCUCAAAGUUUAGUAGAUUCUGAUAGAUUAUCAUCUGCUGGAAUUUCCACACACAGUUCAGGAACUGCUGGUCCUGUGGGUGGAUCUGUGGUUGGUGUAAGAGCUGGAGAUCAAGGGCAUAAAAGAGAGGAUGAAGAUGAUUAUUUGGGACCAUUACCUCCAAUGUGGGAAAAGGCUUUCACACCUUCAGGAGAGAGGUAUUUUAUAGACUACAACACUGGUACAUCACACUGGCUAGAUCCCCGUCUUGCUAGGGUAAGGAAACAUUCUUUAGGAGAAUGUGGUGAAGAUGAACUCCCAUAUGGAUGGGAACGGGUCACAGAUGAGAGAUAUGGUUCAUAUUAUGUAGACCACAUCAAUAGACGGACUCAGUAUGAGAAUCCAGUACUUCAAGCUAGACGAUUAAGAGCGGAGAAGUUAGUAGCAGAAAACAACAACAAUAAUCAGUCAAAUGGUACUACGCCCACUGGGGAGUUACGUGGUGAAAGAUUCUCACUGACACUUACUAAAGGAACACAGGGUCUGGGCUUCACUUUGAUUGGUGCUGAAGGAUCUCCAGAGACUGAAGGAUAUCUCCAAAUACGGAGCAUUGUACCACACAGUCCAGCCUGGAUAGAUGGUGCGUUAAGGCCCGGUGACGUAAUAGUAGGCGUGGGCAACCGCGGUGUGCGUGGAUUGUCGCACGCGCAGGUCGCACAGAUUUUCCAGGGAAUAGCGGCCGGAAGUGACGUCGCAUUGCAUUUUGUUAGAGGAUAUCCUCUAUCAUUUGACUCUGAAGACCCCAAUACAAGAGUGCUUAGUACAUUGGCAGUAGAUGCUAGCAGCGAUGCAGUGGCCAUGCAGCAAUUAACUAGGGCUUUGCGGACGAGGUUUAACUUAGACUCCCCUAACGAUCAAAGUCGUGACGAAACAGAUAACUCAUGUGAAGUCAAUCCAACUCAACGCCGGCUUUUAUCCCGUAGUUUUGACCUGGAUGAAAUUCCUGCAACGCAAGCGAACUCACUACCACCACGAUGCCCUUCUGCUGACCAUUUACUCACUUUGGCUACUGAUCACCAACACCGUAGUGUGACAAAUGAACCCGGACGAGAGCUUGUAUUGACAUUGAGGCGUGGUGCAGCUGGAUUUGGUUUUACCAUAGCUGAUAGUGUUCAUGGACAGAAAGUCAAAAAGGUGUUAGAUCUCGGCAGAUGCGCGGGAUUGCGGGAAGGCGACUUACUUCUACAAAUUGGAGACACUGAUGUACGUCAUGUUCCACAUCAACGUGUUGUCCAGGUCCUAAAAGAAUGUCCAGCAAUGUCAGAAACCACACUACGAGUGUGGAGAAAGAAUACAAUAACACGCGCACCCAGAAGUCGAUCUGCUACAAGAGUUCAACCAGCAAAUACAAACGCAGUGAAUUCUCAGCUCGGUAGAAGCAAAACACCAACAGCUGAACAGCUUCGAUCACCUGCCGUUGCAGCUGACACACGCAGGCAAAAUGAUAUGAAUUCAGUUGAAGCUACCUACGCGGUGCCUGAACACAAAUCACGAGAAACGCGCGAAAGCAUUAUGGAAAGACGCCGCAGAAGUUCCACGCCUGGAGCCAGGCUCACCCUGCCGGUAGUCACGCCUUGGAGUGAACAAACAGAUAACUGGACCGAACGAGAGACCUGGAUAGAUAAUUCCAACAAUAUACGAAAUUGGGCAGAAAACGCACAAAAGUGGGACGGUGCAAGCCAAAAGUGGGACGGAUCGAGCCAAAAGUGGGACGGCUCGAGCCAAAAGUGGGACGGGUCAAGCCAAAAAUGGGAUGGAUCCAGCCAAAAGUGGGACGGUGAAGGUACCAGUAACGGGAAUUGGGAGGGGAACGGUGAGAGGUGGAAUAACAACUGGGGUGAAGUACCUACUCCAACAGUUCAUGUUGAUAUGAACGCUGCCUACUGGAGGGGAAAUGCGAGUGUGGCCGAUAGUAGCGAUAAUGGAGGUUUUCCCGAAGAUGGCUUACUUCACUCACCAACAACAGCAGCUAUCGGUGGUUUGUCCCGGCAGUCACCGUCUACCAGUCGCCUCAGACCACACUCGCCAGCUAACUCCACAGGUCGACUACGCAGUAAUUCACCCUCGAACACCAGCGCAACAGACAGGCUUCUCAACACAUCACCUUCAACGAGACUUCAAAGUCAAUCUCCUUCAAAUAACUCUUCGAAUGGAAGAUUAAAGGGGUCACCACUCAGGCUCCGCGACCCGUCUCCAUCUCGUCACAUCCACUCCCCCGUUUCACACAGAUCAGCGUCCUGCUUCGACGCUGACAUGCAGCAAUCUGGAUAUGUCGCUAAUUAUCCCCAGGUCGAAGCUGGAGGCUCAACUGACCCCGAAGCAGAUGUACUUGUACGUCUGGCUCGCGGCAGUGCAGGGUUUGGUUUCCGUAUUGUUGGUGGGACCGAAGACGGUAGCCGUGUAGCGGUGGGUUAUGUUGUACCGGGUGGUCCAGCCGACGGACUUCUACGCCCGGGCGACCUGUUGACAUCAGUAGAUGGAAUUCCUCUAAGUGGCGCUACACAUGCGCGAGCGGUGGCCUAUGUAUGCCAGGCUGCGUCUAGAGGACAUGUGACGUUGGGCGUGAGACACAACAGAGCGGAUAUUCAGCCUCUGGGAAUUCCAGCUGUAGCACCUGCUCAUCAACACCAACCGUUGCUUCCGGCUGAACCUCCGGUGGCUCACGUACCCGCUUCUUAUAAUAUUCUUCACCCAGCACCCAUGUACCCACCGGCUGCACCUAUGUACGGCGUCCAAUAUGAGACAGGUGGUGGUUGGACAGUGCCGUAUGACGUCACAGUGACGAGAAACGAAGGAGAGGGCUUUGGAUUCGUCGUUAUCUCAUCUACCAAUAAAGCCACAAGUACAAUAGGACAACUAAUCGCUAAUUCUCCAGCGGCUCGCUGCGGUCUCCUUCACGUGGGAGACACUAUAGUGGCUAUCAACCAUUUACCGGUCCGUAACCUGCCUCACCCCGAAGUAGUGGCCCUCAUUAAGAGAUCAGGCACCACUGUCACUCUCACGGUAUUACCACCGGACUGAACUGAUAGCCCUAAAUACUAUUUUUCAUAAGUUAACUUUUGAAAUUUGUCUACUAAAGUAAUAUAGUCGUAGAAAGUAUUUUCUAGACAUCUCCGGACUUGUGCUAAAUAGUUAAAAGGAUGACAAGCAAUAAUUUGAAUUAAGAAUGCCUUUAUCUCUCUGUUGUGUAUAUUUCCAAUUGUUAAUGACAUUUCACCGACCUGCAUAGAUCUACAUAUUAUUUAGGUUAGAGCAAGUCAUAAAUUAUUUUGCCUGCUUUUAAGGUAGUUCUCUUGAAGUCUACGUAGUCUUCAGAAUGUAAUGUACGUACAUUUGAUUGUCAUGUACCCAAAAUGAAAAAUGUAUAUCUCCGUAAAGGGGCCUCUACACGUGCUACACUUUUCACGAAAUAUGUGGCUACACCUUUGCCAAUAUUUCUGCCACCGUGGCGGAUGAACUUUUACGCGUUAAAGCAGCGUUUUUGAAGCAAAGUCAAAAGAUAAAUGUAGAUUCGAGCUUAGUUCAAUAUGCGUGAUACAUUAGAUAUUGUUAGUCAGGAUAUAGGCCUCGAUGAACAAUUAUUUGUAAACUUUACACGAAUGUUAAAGAGUGACUUUGAACUCUUUAUUCACAAGAUUGGACCAAUGAUACAAAGAAAAGAUACUAACAUGAGAAAAGCUAUACCUGUUGUCACGUAGCAAGAAAAGGUGACGCAAUUAGGCCGUAAAGCGAGACAGCAACAAUAUGGCUGAGAAAUAUUGCAGUAUUUACAAUUGCAAAGCGCUCGUUCCGCACAUACGGCAAUUGCCGAGUACUGUAUAGUCUGCCAGCCAAACCCUUGGAGCUAUACAUUUUCAUGAAAACAGACCCGUCUAGGAGCCCCUUAAUAAAAUAAUUCUCUUUACAAACAUCUGCGAGUCGUAGCUAUUUCAACUUAUUUUAGAUGAAAUCCGCAACUUAAUCGCUUCACAACUUUUCGUUACUAGUUCUUAAUAUUCCAAACUAUACAGUAUACUAUUAACUACGCAGAUAAACUUUCCACUCAUUGUCUCUUUCUUAUAGUUUUUGAAUUAACUUGCAUUGUGCCAAUAUCGAAGUAACGUUGACCUUUUUCUUUGAAAGAAUGAAUUUGAAAAUUCGAACACACUUGAUGAAUAUAUUUUUUUGGAUUCGUAAACACCAGUAACCGUGUGCUGUACUCAAAUAAAAUGUUAUCUAUUUUAGUAUAGGAUUAGUAAUAAAGCUUUAAUACUGUUAAGGUGGCAGCAGGCAAUAUAGACUUCUUACAUUUGAUUAGUUUAUUUAUAUACAUAAAACCUUAGGAUUUUCUUACAAAUGAAUUUUACAAAGACUGCAAGAAUGCACUACUAAUGCAUUGGGAUUUCAAACAAUUCUAAAAGAAUAUGUAUAAGAAGGUGUUAUAUAAACGUAUCGAGAACAGAACGAAUUUAGACCGUAUAAAAUAGAAGAAAAAAAUAGUCGUUGAAGGAUCCCAUUAUUGAUUGAUAUGAUUUGAUAUCAAACUAGGCGCUGACAUAGGUGUUUUACAAUACGAGAUAUCACAAUUGCAUUUUGAUUGAAGAGCCGUAUUUCCGAACAAAAGACAAAAAUCAUAGAAAUUGGUUUGACGUUAGAAUUGUUUUGAAUUAUGUUUCGAAAUUCGUUUUCCACUUUCUAUAGUAGUCAGUUACUAGAAUAAAUAUAAUAAUUAUCUUUUGGUGGUUUGAUAGCGGGUAAAUAUGCUUUAUUGCUGAGCUAAAUCAUGAAGUCUGCUGAAAAUCUCAAAUUAGCGAGUGAUAAUAAUCUCCACUUUUUCCACUUGUAAAUAAGCACAUAAUUUGUAUUAUUUAUCGUAUAUUACUUUUAGCUUGAUGCACACAAUUUGUCUGCUAAAUGUACUUCUGCACUGCAUACAAAAAAGUUUUCAUUGAUAUUGUCCUUCCGGACAUAUGUUGGCUAGAAUCUUUAUAUGCGCGGAAGUAAAAUAUGUAUUUGUAUUUUGCUGCUAAACGUGACAAGAACUUUCUCCCAGGCGAAGUCCUUGCCAUAUAACAUGCAGACAUCAAUAUUAAAUGUAAUUGGCUUAAUCGUAGUUGUUACGUCAUAUAUUUAUAUAGAGUCAGGCAGCUAGUUUCCUUAUAAAAACAUUUACGACUUGUAGAAAUUAAGGAGUUGUUUGCUUUUCAAUCAUACUACUUGACUUCUACUGUGCAUAAAAACUUAAAGCCGAUAAAUUCGGGUUCUGGUUUCGCUCCAGAAUUAUGUGUAAGAAACCUAGCUUUGUGGAUAGCUUUAGAACGUAAACGUGACUGAAAUUUGAAAUAAAAUGGGACCACCGAGUGAAAAAUGGAAUUGUAAGUGUACUUAUUAUUAAAUUUUAGGUACUGCGUAUGCGCAUAUAUUUUGUAGGUGUAAUUUUUGUAAGUGUUAAUGCAAUUACGUGCCCCCUGUUUGUCGUAGGUAAAUGAUAUUUGGGUAUCUUUAUAGUUAUUUGUUAAUUAUAGAUGUUCUAAUUAAAGGUAUGCUAAGAAUAAAAAAUAUUGUCAACAAUUAAAAUCUUUUGUUUUUAUUGUAAAAGGCUGUUAUUCUGUUGUAUAUUUUUUUUAUAUCCAAAAAGUUUAUCUCUUUAGAUUAGAUUUUUAAUAAUGUUUGUCGUGACCCGAUCACCCAAAUAUUUAAAUAAACAAUUUUAUUGUCAAUUGAUUGACUUUUUACUUGGGUUGAUAAUAGUUUUGAUCAUUAUUAAGAAUGUUUGUGCUUGACUCCUUAAUUAGCAUACCUUUCUAGAACUAGAUAUUAUAGCAGUAAUUUAAGCAAUAUGUAGUGCCUUUACCGCAAUUGUCUUGCCCGUUGAAGUUUGUUCCAAAGAUGAUCUAUCCGUGUUGUCAAUAUUUGAUGGAAUUUGGAUUAUACAGGUUUACUUAAUAAAUAUAUUUUGUAUAUUUAC